UCGUGAUUAAAUAUUUUAUUUAAUUUACAGCCCUAGUUACUACACAUAUGAAUUCAACUUUUAAUUUCGAAGAGAAUGAAAUGUGCCAUAUGUUCUUUCAAAAGUUACACAGACACACUUUAAAAAGUGAUAUGAAUUUGACAUCGAUGCUGAGGCUCAGAUAGAGAAAGACCGCUCCUGUCACCAAACCAGGUGGUGCUAUAGAGCUAUAGAGUUACUGCUGUGUGUGUAUUCUUCAUGUUUUAUGGCCUCAGCGUGUGUGAGUCAUUUUAUUAACUUAAGCCACUUCUCAGGAACUUCCCUGUUGUGAACUUUGAAAGUAAUAACCACAUAGCCUUGCACAACUUUGAUAAAAGUGCAAUUCCACAGAACAACACCGAAUCAACAACAGGAAGUAGAUACAGAGCUGGAGUCACAUAAAAAAGAAGAAGCUGAGGAGAGAGAUUUCAGACUGAAGCUUUGACCCAUACUCUGACCGUGGAUUAUACAACAGGAACCGUGACAUGGCAACCUCUUAUGGUGAGUUACUCUAGGCAAUUUAAAAAGAUUGCAGCUCUGUUUGAGUGUGUAUGAAUGGGAGAUCACAAAUGUUUGCAGGUCCAGAGCCAAGCCUGUCCCAAGUGGUUGUGCUGUUACUGGGUGAGAGACAAAGUGGGAAGAGCUCAGCGGGAAACAGCAUCCUGGGAAAACCAGCCUUCCACCAAAAUACCUCUCGCAGCUCCAAAGAGAACGGCACCGCCUUCGGAAUACAGGUGACAGUAGUGGACACCCCGGGGUGGCUGUCUAACUCCACAACUCCAGACAGAGUAUCCCAGGAGCUGUGCAGAGGUUUGACCCUCUGCCACCCAGGACCCCAUGUCAUCCUGCUGGUGCUGCCCAUCACCUCCACCUUCGGCCCAGAGGAGUUGAAUGCCAUGGAGGCCCAGGUCAGACUGCUCCAAACCCUCAUCUGGCAGCGAGCUAUGGUCCUCUUCACCCAUGGAGACAAGUUAGGAGGCCUGUCUAUCCAGGAACACAUAAGGCGACAGGAUUGGACUCUUCAUUGGCUGCUGGAGCGAUGUGGGAACAGGUACCAGGUUAUGACCAACCAGUCCAGGGCCUCGGAGGCUGAGCUUACAGAGCUCUUUGAGAAGAUCCAGAAGAUGAUGGAGAAUAACAUGCCUCCCAGGGAGACGCGGGACAGGAUGUACACCCAGCUGAGACGAGACGUGAGCAUGAAGGAGGCGAGGAGAGCGCAGGGAAGACAAGAGGAGAUAGAAAUGACAGUGAUGCAUGAUGUGCAUGAUGGAAGGCCAGGACAGAGGAAGCAGAUGGCCUCAGGAUGGCCAUAUAUGCCCAGAGGAUUCCCAACAGAGCCGGUUGGUGUUAAGCCUGCUCUUGGCCUCGUCCUGCUGGGAAGGAGGAAGUCGGGAAAGAGCUCAGCAGGGAACAUGAUCCUGGACAGUGAAGAGUUUCAGGUGAACGUAAAGACCAUCAGGUGCUCUGUAGGCCACGGGGAAGUAUCAGGGUGGCCUGUCACGGUGGUGGACACCCCCGGGUGGAGUCUCUUUGGUUUGGCCAAUCCCAAGCAGGUCAGGAUGGAGAUCAGUCGGAGUUCUUGCCUCUGCCCCGAGAGGAGCAAAGUGUCGUUUGUGCUGGCUGUACCGGUGGGCUCGUUCAGAGAGAAAGACAGGAGAGCCAUGGAGAUGUUCCUCAGCGUUUUGGGGAAUGAUGUAUGGAGGAGCACUGUGGUGUUGUUCACCUAUGGAGGGGAGCUGAGAGGGAGGACAGUGGAGAAACACGUCGAGCAGAAAGGAGAGCCUUUACGGUGGGUGCUGGACAGAUGUGGCCACCGGCAUCAAGUGUUGGAUACAAAUACAGGAGACAAGAGUCAAGUGAAACAGCUGCUGGAGAUGGUGGAGAAACUAUAGGAAUGAUAGAAAUAUGACUAAAAAUCACUUUUAACAUGCAUAUUAAUGCGAAUAAUAAUACUGUAUAGCUCUCUAACAGUG